AUGGGCAGGCCGCACGUGGGCAGCGCAGAGGGCGACGCUGAUCUUCCGAUCCAAGCUGCGCACUGGCUAGAAAGCUUCGCGGGCACGGCUGUGGAUGUGGCUCGCAACGGGCAAUGUGCCUUUCUUGCGCUAUAUGCUACUAUGUCAAACCACGCGCGCCCAUGCCUCACGUCAACGGCGGCAGACACCCGACAGGCCUCCGAGAUCAAAAAGGGCGUCUACACGCUAAUGAUGGCCAACCUCCGCUAUGACGUGGAGCUCGGCUUACUCGACCCGCUACUGGAAGCCCAUCGUGCUUUCCCCAACCAACCUUUGCAUGUGAACAGAGAUGCCGCAACGGCUUCGCUAUUUGCUCAUUACGCUCAAGAGAGAACUCGCGCUACCAACGUGCAGGUUCCCAAGAGCUUCUGGGCUGGGCCGCACGAAUUGAGGGCUAUGGCGCAAUAUCUGCGGGAACCGCUUUUGGUGCUCAGAAUGAACAAGUCCGGUGAUGCGCAGCUGCAGCGCUACAUGUACAAGGAUUUCCGACUGAAGAACGGCGAUGACCAUGAGACUGGCUACUGUGAGGCGCUAACUGACCGGCAAGCUCGUGACUAUCUCUUCGAAUGCUGGAGUCUCCAUGUAUUGCCACGUUUCCUUAUUUUACGCGAGGAUGAACACCACUUCAACGGCGUGGCGCAUGGUGAGCUGUUCGUCAAAUGGAGGGCUGAAGGAGAUCGAGAGUAUACUGCGAUGGUGUCUGACACAUACGCCUGGAAAGCUACGGUCACCUCGAUCCUUCCUGGAGAGGAUGCCCCCCUCGAAUCGCUAAACAAACUGAGCAACACACCGAGUGUAAACAACGUUAUCAUCAAACGAGUGACUCUCCGGGAUCGGCUUGAUAUCGUUCAUGCCCGCAUGGGGCGGCCGACGCUCGAGCAGGAGGGCUAUGACGAUGAAAAGGAGCUUGACUUGCUUCUUGUUCAGGAGGAAUGCAUGCUUCAGGAGACCUAUGGAAUUGAUGGCUAUGCGAGUGGGUCGCAGGAUAGCGAUGAGGAUACGCCAUCUGAGGUCGCCACCCCCAAUCAGUAUCCUCGUGUGUCGAGCGGAGAGAUUUCGGAGGAUUUAUAUUUCCGUAUUCUGCAGGCCGAGAACCCAACUUCUGUCCCGAAGGAUGAUCUACCUCUGUACGAACUUAUUCACGCGGCUAAUCGCGAAGCUUUCACGCGCUGGUGCACGCUUUAUCAGAAAGCGCUCAACCUCCCGACCAUUGGACGAAGAAGUACGGCUCGCAGUAUUGCCCAAGAGCUACUGAAACACCCUCCUACCUUGCGGCAUUUGUUCGCGUUUCUACCCUAUCCGGAAUUGGAGGCCAAGGUUUGGACCACCGACGAUCUCACAGCGUGGGGAGCUUAUGAGGCAUAUCUUUUUUUUUAA